AACAAUGGAGCAUUUGGAACAUAGCACAUCUAACGAGAUUUCUACGGCUGUUAUAGAACUUCUCAAAAACUUUUUGGAUGCCAAAUAUGGACCACAAAGUUACAAGUAUCAAAUUCAAGGAGCUGCUAAAAAGGGUGACAAUUAUAUGGGAGUCGUAUACCGCAUUACGAUAACAACAAACAGUGGCAAUAAACAAAGUAUAAUCCUUAAGGUUCCUCCUUCAAAUCCUCUGCAACGAAACCAGUUUUUUGCAAGAGCUGGAUUUUUGAGAGAAGCUUUAGCAUACGAAAAGUUUCUUCCCCUUGUCGAGGACUUUCAAAAAUUAAAGGGUCUUCCCGUAAGCGAAACUUUUUUUGAAUACCCUCAAUGUUACUUUACGUCAAUAGAAGAGUACAAUGAAACCAUUUGUAUGAGUGAUUUGCAAAUUGAUGAGUUUUUUAUGCAUAACCGUUUUGAGCCACUUACACUUGAUCAAGUUGUUCAUAUAAUGGGCAUUUAUGGUAAAUUACAUGCAACAUCACUUGCUAUAAAAGAUCAAAAUCCAGAAAAAAUUAAUAGUUUAAAAAAUAUGAAGGAUAUAUUCGAACAACGCAAGAACGAUAUUCAGUUAAAUGAUUACUUCGAAAGUCUGAAGCGAAGUGCUUUGGAGAGUAUAGACAAGGAAAUGGAACAUGUUUAUUGGGAUAAAUUGAAUGAGUAUUUUAAUCGUGGUACAUUUUACGAACUUAUGCUGACUUUAUUGGAUUCAAAGUCAAGUGAACCUUACGCUGUAAUAUGUCAUGGUGAUUGUUGGAUAAAUAAUGUUAUGUUUAAAAAAGAGAACGGUAAGGUUGUUGAUGCCCGUCUUAUUGACUGGCAGAUAAUGCGUUAUUCUUCACCCAUCAUUGAUAUUAUGUACUUUUUAAUGUCAUGCACUACUAGAGAAUUUCGAAAACAGCACUUUCAACAAGUUCUAGAUUUUUAUCACUGCGCUGUUAGGGAGCAUAUUAAAAAAUUGGGUUCGAAUCCGGAAAAUCUUUUUGCUCGCUCUGCUUUUAACAGAGAAUUUAAGAACAAAGGUGCUAUUGGUCUUAUCUUUGGUAUGAUUGUGCUACCUAUACUCACUACAAAAAGUGAAGAUGUACCAGAUUUGGAAAAACUAAGUGAAAAGGUUUCGGCUGGACAUUCCACUGAUGCAAUGGAAGCUGGUUUUGUAGGUGCAAAAUCAUUACUGUUUAAUGAAAGAUUACGUGGUAUAAUUAUGGAUUCAAUUGAUUGGGAUUUGAUUUAAAAUUGUAUUACUUUUUGUGUUAUAAACUUAUAAAUAUACUUUUAACAUUAUAAAAUGUUAAUCUCUUACCUUAAUAU